AUGCCAUUCUGGAUAGUGAAAGGUUCCUUCACUACUGCUUACUGCAAGGCUUCGAAUAACGUGACAAAUGAGAGAUGUCCAAAAUGUUCAAAUGACCGUGCAUACUUCAUGCAGAUACAGACGCGAUCAGCCGAUGAACCGAUGACUAUAUUUUAUCGUUGUGCAAAUGCAGAUUGUGGUCAUCGAUGGAAAGAUUAG